AUGUCUAUAAGAUCACGGCAGUCUACGCUUAACUCCUUCGUCCCGCUGACGACUAAGGUCAGUACCCGGGGUGCGGCAACAGCAAGGCCAACAACCACUGCCACCAGUGUGGCCUCUCAGGAUAUCGUCUGUGCCGUCAGUGAGUCACGGGGAGUCUCAUCUACAAUCGGGCUGGCAUUCGUGAACCUGGCCACAGCUGAGGUGGUCCUGUGCCAGAUCUGUGACAGUCAGACAUAUGUCAAAACAGUGACCAAGAUCGGCAUCUUCGAACCCAACGAGAUCCUGUUCAUGAGCACCGCCAAGGAGUCCAAAUUGCGCUACAUCAUCGAGGAAAACCUGUCCGACCCCAUCCUGACUUUCCAAGACCGCAGGCGCUGGUCCGAAAAAGCCGCUCAUGAGUAUCUCGAUCGGCUCGCCUUUCCAGAUGAGGUGGAUUAUCUCAAGGUGACGCUAGGCGGGAACUAUUUCGCGGCAUGUUGUUUUUCAGCGGCCCUGGAGUACAUCGAAUUGGAACUCCAGUGUUCGUUUGCCGCCCACUCCCUCCGCAUCAGGUUUGAACCAUCGCAAGGCUCCAUGACAAUCGAUCUCUCCUCGAUAGUGUCCCUCGAACUCAUACAAAAUCUUCACAAUGCCAAGUCCAAGGAUAGCUUGUAUGGAGUACUCAAUGAAACCAUGACACCCACAGGAGCCAGGUUGCUCCGGGCCAACAUCCUCCAGCCGUCCACUGAAAGAGUCAAAUUGACCGCUAGAUACAACGCUGUGGAAGAGUUAUUCACAAAAGAAAGCAUAUUCGUGUCUGUUCGUCAAUCUUUGAAGGGUUUCAUAGAUGCUGAUAGGGUCUUGACUUCGAUCAUUCUUGUGCCUACCAAGCGAACAGUUCAAUAUAUUGAGCAGUCAGUCAACCAUGUCAUCAUGCUCAAAACAUAUGUAUCGGCAAUCAAGAAAGUGUAUCAGGCGCUUGGGCCAUCGCAAAGUGAACUUCUUACCACUAUUCGAGAAAUUUGUCAUCCUUCGGGACAUCGCUCUGUAGAGGAGCGUAUUGAGAAAACGCUGAAUGAAAACAUUACAUACCAAAGCAAGCCACUUGAUCUUCGAAACCAACGAAUCUAUUGCGUCAAGGCCGGCGUCAGCAGUCUCCUUGAUGUGGCGAGACAAACAUUCAAGGAGGCUAACGCUGAUGUAGUGGAUAUGAUUGCGGAUUUAGGAGAAACUUAUGAUAUGACUCUGGAUCUCAAGUACGACACGGCGCGCCAAUACUACAUCUGCAUUCCAACAGGAGAUCCAGAGUCGUUGCCAAAUAUUUUCAUUAACGUCUAUCGCAAAAAGAACCGAAUCGAGUGCCAGACUUUAGAUUUGGUCAAGCUGAAUCAGAAGAUCACUGACGCACACAAUGAAGUGAUCAGCAUGAGCGACCAGACAGUUCAAGAACUACUCCAUGAUGUUUGCGCCGAAAUUGCAGGACUCUUUCGCAUCAGCGAGGCAAUCGCCAUGUUGGAUAUGCUGGCAGCAUUUGCACAACUGGCAGUGAGCCACAACUAUAUCCGUCCCGAGAUAUCCAAUUCUCUGGUGAUUAAAGCUGGACGUCAUCCCAUUCGUGAAAGGAUCCAUUCUAGCAAGUUCGUACCUAACGACUCGUGUGCCACGCCGCAAACCCGGUUCCAGAUCAUCACCGGAUGCAACAUGAGUGGAAAAUCGACAUACAUCCGAUCUCUUGCACUGAUGACUGUCAUGGCGCAAAUUGGCUCCUUUGUACCUGCACAAUAUGCGUCUUUCCCAAUUGUACAUCAACUAUUUGCCCGCGUGGCCAUCAGCGACGAUCUCGAUGCCAAUGUCUCAACUUUCGCAGCAGAGAUGCGAGAGAUGGCAUUCAUUUUGCGACAUGUUGAGCCGCGCGGUAUGGUUCUCGUUGAUGAGCUUGGUCGCGGUACAAGCACAACCGAUGGUCUCGCAAUCGCCAUUGCACUGGCUGAAGCACUCCUUGCCACUAACGCGCUGGUUUGGUUUGCAACACACUUUCAUGAUCUCACGCAAAUUCUGUCCGCACGAAGCGGGGUCAUCAACCUCCAUUUGUCAGCCGAUAUCAACCCUUACGCGAACAAGAUGACCAUGUUAUAUCAAAUCGCCGAAGGGCCCGUUCCGGACCGUCGAUAUGGCCUUGAGCUGGCAAAGCUGGCAGAUCUCCCACCAGCGGUUCUUGAAGUGGCCAAGGACGUAUCAAAGUUCAUGGAUAGCCUCGCCCAACGUCGAAACAGUACCUCGCGUGCCGUGGCCAUUGCCCGUAAGCGAAAGUUGCUUCUCAACCUACGUGAAGAGCUGAUCCUUGCUUCAGAUGGCACAAUGAGCGGCGAAUCCCUCCACCAGCAUCUGGUUAAUCUUCAAGAUGACUUUGCGUUGCGCAUGGCUGCCAUCGAUCGAGAGGUAGAGUCAACCAGCGACUCUAGUUCUGAGAUCGUAGAUUAUUCGGCGAAGAGUGGAAACGCUUUUCAAGCGAGCUCUAAGCCUUUCACCUCGCGCGCAAGCCAAGACUCUGAGAGAACCCCGACCAAAACGUCAUUGCCCCCUGAUCCCAUCUUGGUCGAGUCUAUAUCCGAACCUGAAUCCACUGAAUGUGAGAGCGUGGUGUUGUUGUGA